UAGUAGUCGCUCUUACCCUACGCGCUGCAACACACACUCACAGACAGAGAGAUGACCGCUCCAGUACCUCCAGCCGGUGAAGACAGCGUAACUGGCGAAUCAACACGCCGAGUAACGAUCGGCAUUCUCGCGCUGCAGGGUGCGUUUGCCGAGCACUCUUCGGUGCUGUCAAAGCUUGGUGCUGACGUUCGAGAGGUGCGGCUGCCGCAUGAGUUCGAGGGACUGGAUGGGAUCGUCCUUCCAGGCGGCGAGAGCACCGCCAUGGCACUUAUCGGGGAGAGGUGGGGGGUGUUCCCGCGGCUGAAGCAGUGGGUGUCGGAGGGACGCCCGGUCUGGGGAACUUGCGCCGGCAUGAUCCUCCUGUCCGACCACGCCCUCAUGCAGAAGAAGGGGGGGCAAUCUCUCGUGGGGGGGCUCAAUGUGGAGAUUUGUAGAAACUACUUCGGCGCGCAGACGUCCAGCUUCGAGGUGCCGCUCGACACGUCGGCGCUCGAAACCGGGUCUGUCGGUAAAAAGGAUGAGGUUUCGGCAAACAAGAACCCGUACCCCGCCGUGUUCAUUCGCGCGCCGGCGGUUCUAGAGGCCGGUCCCGGUGUAGACGUCCUCUGCAAGGUGCGAUCCAGGCCGUGCAACCAAGCUAUCACCGUCAUGAAGGCACAACUACAAGAAGAAGAAGCAGACCACCGCGACGAUGACACCCGCAGAGCGAAACGCAGAAGGCUAGCCGCGUUUUUCGUCGAGCCUAAUCCGUCGACGGCGGCUGUUUCGGGGGAGGGUGGCGGGGCGGGCAGCGGCGCUAGCACCGGAGAGAAAGAAGCCCCCGAGGUGAUCGUCGCGAUCCGCAAGGGCAACAUCGUGGGAACCGCGUUUCACCCCGAACUCACAAACGACUCCCGCUGGCACGAGUACUUCGUGAGGAUAGUCAAGGAGGCGGUAAGCGCAGGGGCCGGGGGGGUCCGCGAUGCGGAAUCUACCACGAAAACGCCUGCUGGUGCCGCUGCAGCAGCCGAGGCCGAGGUUGCCGUGGCGUAGACGCGGUGCGGGCUUCGACUCGAAGAUUUUGGGCUGGUCAGGGAUGUUCCACGAGCCCCUCCCACUUUCCAUACCCUGCUGUCCGAUGUUCAUGUUUUUGAUAUCCCCCAUUUUUGAAUCCUGGGAAAGGUCGUCCACGGGGAGGUUUUGUACUUGUCCAAGUUUGCCGACAAAGGAGUCCGCUGUGUCGUUGUUCGGUGUGCCGUCAAAGUUAAACGGCAGCUGUUGAAAGACCGAGUACCCGUUUUUUUUGUACUUGCGUUGACUCCUUGUUUUUUCCCCGGCGGUUGCCCUCUAUCGGCGACCAAGCAGAUUUUUGAGACGAAGUUUUACGCAUGUGUGGGUGUGCGUCAUUCUUGACGCGUUUUAGGUUUGACUACAGGUGUUUUUGGGAAGGGACAUGACUGAGAAAGGCCCUUAGCGUAGCUUGUGCCGGUGGUGGUUUUGCGGGAUUUGGCGUGGUGUCCCGUUCUUGUAGUGUGCACGCCGGGAAACAAAGGCCACAGCGCCGCUGCUGCUGCCUGUUGUACAUACCAUGGCUGCUGGCCGGUUGGCGCGCUGACCACGCCUCUUUGUAAAUGCAGAGCACCGCGGAAGUAGUUAGUGAUGAGAGUUGACUUGCUUGAGGCUUGAGAGGCGAGAAAGUUUACUUCGGGCGGACUGCGGUUAUGAUGGGAUGGAUCAUCAUUCGAUGGUAUGGUGAGGUCCAUGGUGUAACGUCAACGCGUGGUAUAUGGCAACCGGAGAGGCGACGUGACAAGGGAUGAUUGUGAUGUGUUUUCGGUGCUAACAGGAAAAGGAUAAUCUUACUCUUCCACGAUGAUGUGCGAGGCGGCUUUGCUUUGGC